AUAAAAGCUGCUCUUUCAACAGCUGUCCUCCUUCUAGCGAUUUCUCCCUUUGCGUUUGCGCAAAGUUACCUUCUCGCACAACAAGAGUUCAUAACACUACGAAAACAGUUAGGCAUUAACAAGAUAAGCGACAUUCUGUUCCUACUCGAUACCUCUGGUAAUGUGUCUACCUAUGGUUUUGAAGCUGAAAAGAAAUUUGUCAUGAACUUUCUGAGCACUAUAACUGUCAGCUUCGAAGAAGCCAGAGUAGCGGUCAUACCUUUUGGUAAUACAGCCAGCCUGUAUAUACACGGAGUCUCCAAUCCCUCUUUAGACAAGGACAAGUGUGAUCUCAUUCAAAAGCUAAAACAGAUGCCUCACAGCUAUGCCUUCGCAACGAAUACCAAGGGUGCCUUUCAGCUCGCUUACGAUGUCUGUGUUAAAAAAUAUAGCCGCAAUAAAGUGAGGACGGUGGUUAUUCUCAUCACAGACGGAAUGUGGAAUUGGCCGUUUCAUGACCCCAAUCCCAUUCCCAUCGCCCAGAGGCUGCAUGCAGCAAAUGUAGAGGUCUUUGCAAUUGGUGUCGGAAACUUUGCAAAUCUGCCAGACCUUCAAAAGUUGGUUAAAGAUCCAGCAAAACAAGCAUUUCAUUUGAAAGACUUUGGGGAAUUAAAUGAACUGUCCCUCUUCGUUAGAGGAGGUAAGUGAACAAAAUGUUUUAAUCAUAUUCAGACUGGAUGUCGUUUGAGGUUCCCCCAAAAGUUUCAAAUUAAAUAACUUUAAAAUAGUUAAAGCUAUGACUUUUCUCAAAUGUUGUCAGGUAAAAUUCAAUAUAGUAGUCGUUACGCGUAUUUCAACUUUGACGCUACCAUGGCAACCGAGUUUUGACAACCAUAUUUGCCUUUUUAUGUAAAAACGUCUUAUUUCAAUUAUAUAUUUCAUUUAAUUUAGUAUUACGUUAUUAAAUUUAUUAUAACUGUUAUUGUAAUCCAGAUUUUUCAGUGUCUAAUUGGAGAAAAAAAUAUGAAUCUAAAACGACCGAAAUGGCAGAUGUUUAGCUCAAUUUACAACACUGUUCAUUUCAAUUUAGAAUUUCAUUAUUGGAUUAUUUUUUGUCUCUUAAGGAUCCAUUUAUACAAAAAUCAAAUUUUCUCUUUUAAUUCUAUUUGACUACCUCAAUUCUCAGGCGUAAACCGCCAAUACUCGACUGGGUUGAAUAUUACUUGUGGCGUUCCCUAGGAGUCAGGGCUAGUCCCUACAUUGUUAACCAUGAAGAAGAUUAUUACCAUGGUACCAUUUACACAAUCCAUCUGGGUUAAAAUCUUGUGUGUACACAUAAAACUAUAAAGUUUGACGCGAAAGGGAGAACGACUCGCUACAAGGUAUAUCCAAAUCAGCUAAAAAGGCAAAAAAGAGUGGAAAAUUUUCAUCUCUUCAAACCAUAGUUCUUAUUUCUGAAGCUUGAUUUUCCAACCGGAAUUUCCGGUUUUCCCACGUAAAUGAUAUAAAGUACCUUUAGUCUCCUACGCAGCCGUUUUUGUAUCGUCACGCAAAGUUCCUUGGAAAAUAGCAUUGCGUGACGACACUGAGUUGGAGACUUGUUAGAUAAGAAGUUAAUAUUUUGGUUUUAUUUUUUCUAGACCCAAAGCGGAACUGGCAGCCUUUAGAGUCCCACAAAUGUAACAACAAUUGCAAACAACUGUGCAUCUGUGACCUUCAAAACUAUGAUUACAAGUGCUUUUGCCUGGAAGGACAAUGCUAGAGUAAGUCUACAGCAAAAGGUAACUUUGUAUGAAAUACAGGGUACUAGGCGGAAUUACAAAAAUGGCAUCCCUGUGGCAACAUCUUUACGCUGAGAUAUAAGAGCAAGCACCAAAGUUUUUACAAGUGUAAUUUAUAAGUGUGGUUAUCGGUGAGAGUCUUAAAACAUUAGUUACAGUUGUAAUUUUACCCUGCGAGCAGUUGGAAAGAGAAAGGGACCUCAUUUUGAGCGAAUCGUUCUCCGAUAUUUGCCGUAAUUACCGCGCAAGAAUUAACCUUGCAGGAUAGUAGUUGUGUCAAAAAUUUGUAACUAAUCGUUAAUAGAAGCCAGGCCAAGCAAGGCUAGGUUACAUUUGAAUUUAACGCAUGCUCAACAGGGAAAGUCGAGGCGCCUGGCAGAGGUCCCUUCUUCUUUCCGACUUGUCUAGGAAUAUCCAAGGACCUCUACUCACAGGGUAUUGUAAAUUACACUUGUAAUUUGGAAAUUUUCAAUGUUGUUCUUUGAAAUUGAGCAAAUUUUCUCAAUCCCAGUAGACCAAAUCCCAUAUUCCGCAUAUAAACAGGCAUGACCAGUCCGCGUUCCUAUUUUAUCCCUUCAGAAUCCUCACACUUUUUUCUUUGUUUUUUAUUAUUUUAUAAUCCCGGUUGCCUUCGAAUUUUUUAAGAUCUUUCGUAGCCAAGGAAAAGAAAUACCAAUUAGACCUACGAAGUUCUUUUUACUUGAUGCACUUGGAAAUGCACCUUACCUUAAUAUACUGAGUACCAUUCGUGUCGAUACAAGAUAUGCCCCAUAAACCACGAUUCUUAUUCUUAUUAUAAGCCUAAGUCACCAUUAGCUUUUCUUGCAAUGACACAUAAAAAUACGAGUGGCCUGAUUCCGCAGUCGGUCAUUCGAUCCUAGAAGAGGGUUCUGACCGCACUACUUUGGGAAGUCUGAGAAUUUCGAUGUUUUAUUGAUAGUAAUAUUUGACGCUUUCCUUACUCAAUUCCUUUUUUCUUUACUAUUUCUACAGGGAUUUAAGGCAAGAAGUAAACCAAAUGCCAGAGGACGUAAAGUAA